AUGGACCAGUGCUUACCCGUAUCCUCUGCAGCUGUUGUAGUUCCCUCAGUGGGCAAGGGAGAGACACUUUUGUUGGUUAUGGGAGAAAGGGCAGUGAAUGUGCUCUUGCUUAGCCAGAAUGUUGUGCCCAUGCCUGGGAAAACUGUUGCAGGCAACACUAGGUCUAUUUGCCUCAAUAUCACUGCCAAAAAGAGACAGAAAGCUAAACAACUUCUUCUGUGUCAGUUUUUCUGGGCAGUAGUAAUUUAUUGGGCUUGGUGUUGGGUCAUCUACAAGCUAUUGACCAUUCUAAUAGUUAUUUCUGGUAAAAUUAAAAAGAAAGAUUAUUCUUCCCAUAAAGAGGUUCAAGAGUAUGAAUCUGUAGGGAAAUGUGAAGAGACUGAUGCAGGUUUUUCUCUUCAGGGCUCUGAUUCAGAUUCUGAGGUGAUUGUGGUCACUACUCGUUGUUUGAAAUGUGUUUAUGACUGUGUAGAUACUGCUUCCAGGGCUGUUGCUAGUGGCAAUGAAAACUACAGUGAGAUUGUAAUGGGUAUUCUCUACCACAUCAGUGUGGAUGACUCCUUCAAGUCAUUGUUUGCAGACACAGACUGCAUUCCUCGGUUAAUGAAGAUGCUACGCAAGUGUAAAGAUGGUCACAUCAAUGAGCUGUUGGUUUCUUUAUGCAUUAACAUUGCCACAAACAAACGAAAUGCACAGCUGAUCUGUGAAGGAAAUGGACUAAAGAUGUUGAUGAAAAGAGCACUGAAGUUUAGAGACACUCUGCUGAUGAAAAUGAUCAGGAAUAUCUCCCAGCACGAUGAUGACCCAACUAAGACCUUAUUUAGUAAUUAUGCGGGAGAAUUGGCAGCUCAGAUCACCAAUAAUGAUGAUGAAGAGUUUGUCCUUGAGUGCUUAGGCACACUGUCCAACUUAACUAUUCAAGAUUUUGACUGGAAAAAACUGCUAAAGGAAUAUUGUCUGGUGCCGUAUCUUAAAGAUAAAUUUAAGCCAGGUGCAGCAAAAUCAGACCUGGUGCUGGAAGUAGUGCAGAUGAUUGGAACUGCAUGCCAGGAUAACUCAUGUGCAAUUAUGCUUGUCAGAUCUGGCUUUGUCUCUGAGCUCAUUAAACUUUUAAAUGCUCACCAGAAGGACGACGAAUUUGUAUGCCAAAUUGCAUAUGUAUUUUAUGUAACGGUUUAUCAGGAGUCUACUAGGGAUGUCAUCAUCAGAGAAACACGUAUCCUUUCAAAGUUUAGGCCUGACAAGAAUGCAAAUGCAUAUCAUUGCUCAUGUGGCUAA